AUGGCGUCAGAUUUCGCUGAUCCUUCCACCUUUCUUGAUGACACUGUUCCAAUUGGUGGUGCGUCGAUUGUUCCUCAGGGUUUCAAUUCCCAGACCGCUAACGAGGAAGAUUUUGUAGACGAUUGCCCUGAUCUUUACCUUCAUGUUGAAAUUUCUGAUGCCCUCAGCAAUAAGGAUUUGGUCUCCUUCACUGUUCGAGCAAUGACCAACUUGCCUGAGUUCAAAAAUCAGAAUAUGCAAGUCAAUCGCACUCACGAUGACUUCAUCUGGCUUCAUGAUCAAUUUGAGGAUAAUCCGGCCUUUGCAGGUUUUAUUAUUCCUCCUUGUCCCUCUCGACCUGAUUUUGAUGCAUCAAAGGCGAAGCUGAUGCGAUUGGGAAAGAGUGAAGGGACUAUGACUAAACAGGAUAUGCAGAAGUUAAAGGCUGAACUUGAAGCUGAAUAUCUUGCGAAUUUUAAGAAAACCGUCGCCAUGCAUCAAGUUUUUCUGCAACGAGUUGCCUCUCAUCCCGUUCUUCGAAAGGACUAUGGUUUUCGCGUUUUUUUAGAAUACGACCAGGAUCUUAGUGUACGGACAAAGAAUGCCAAAGAAAAGGCCGCGGGUUUCUUUAAAUCUGUGACAAAGUCAGCCGAUGAGAGUAUUAUCCUCUCAAAUCAACGUGAAGAUGACCCCUACUUUCGAGAUGAGAAGUCCUACCUUACUCGAUACUACAACGCCAUUCAAGAUGCCCAUCAAACUGCCGAUACGGUCUGUCGAAAUCGUCGGCUAGUUGGUGAGAGCAUCUUGAGACUAGAAUUACUUCUCCAAGAUCUUGCUACCACUCCUCCUAUCAAUUUGAAAUCUUCGGAAUCUAUGCUUGCCUCAAAGUUUUCCAGUUUCUUCGGUGCUCUCUAUCCCCUACAGAUGCGUGUAACAGCAGACGAGGAUUUGAAGCUAGCGGACUCCUUGGGAUAUUACAGAGCUGAGUCUUCAGCAGCCAAGGACCUACUCUAUCGUAGAAGUCGGGCUCUGGCUGACUACACUUCUGCUAAUAAGGCACUGGAUAAAGCUCGGGCCAAACAACGCGAUAUCGCUGCCGCAGAAGCUCAUCAGAUGGCCAUGCACAAACGUUUCACGGAUAUCUCGCAGAUGGCUCGAAGAGAACUAGAUGAAUUCAAGUUACGAAGGAUAAAGUACUUCCAGAAGAAUCUGAUCGCCCUGGCCGAAUUGCAGAUUAAACACGCCAAGGUAUUUACCUUCAUUUUCUAA